GCUAGAAAAACGCUUGACAAAUAGUAAUUUACCAACUCGAGAUAAAUCGCGCGAGUGGAUAGUGCAAUAUAUGCUUUAUAUGUUUUAUAGAAAAAACAAAAUCGCUAGAAUGCCAAAAGAAAUUGCAAGUUACUUGAAUUUAUUAGAACCCGAAUUGUAUACCAGUCAUAGCUUCCGAAGGACGUCGGCGACGUUAUUGGCUGAUACUGGUGCAGAAUAUAUUAAAAAGUUGAUAAACAAUAAAAGGAAUAUUGCAAAUAUUAUCACAUCAUCAAUAAAUUUACAUGAAACUAUUGCAAAACAAAAUCCUGAGUCCGAAGAACCGCCAAUAAAACAAUCGAAACUUGGAAUAAAUGUUAAUGCAUCAACAUCAAAAAGCUCCGACUGCAUUAUGAUUGAAGAUGAAUUUAAAUCAACAUUUAAAAUAAAAAAAUCCAGGAAAUAAUCCAAUCUUCUAAUU